GGGCUGCUGAAGAACCGAGGGAAAGUAGGUUCCCUAAGUUUAUUGCAUGAAAAUGUUGCCGCUGAACGGGAAAAUGUGGACAAACUACUCUGAAAACCUGCAGGAAACUUUCCUUUAAAAAGUGGAGUUUCUCUGCUGACUCCUGCUCACCUCACUUUCGAUGCAAUGGAAUUCAAAAGUUUACAGCAUGGAGCAUUUGACAGAAAUUCUGGCAUAUCCGUGGAUGUGCAUGCGAAAAAGACAACCGUGAACGCAGAGCUCCUGUUUAUUUAGGCAAUGACUUUUGGCUAAAAACAAAGUGGAACUGCAGGACUAACAUAAGCUGUACCGACAUGGAUGUGUGCUGGCUGUCGAACACUAAACGGAAAACUCUGCGCCUGGGAGGCACAUAACAAAAUGUUUAGUGAAACUAAAAGCAGGAUUUGGAAUAGUGAUGGGUGAGUCGCUGAGGAGUCGGUUCUUUUUGAGGGCAUCACUACGAAAAAAAAAUCGUGUUUUUUCCACACUACGUUUUAUUUUACUUGUCGACGACUGCCAGGUUCCCUAAAGCGGAUACACGUUAGUGUAUAUAUAGUUAGUAAUAAACUGGCCUGUAAACUGUAAAUGUGUUUUUAGCUUUUACCAUUAGCAUACUUUUUAUCACUUAAAAGGAAGGAUAUUCUCAGCCAUAGAAUAAAAGGCUGUUAAAUGGACAAAUACAGACCUGUCGAAAUUGUACAUAAGAUUUCGGAAUGUGCUGCAAACUUCGAUUCACGGAAAGGGGUUUGUCCUAAAGAGUCGAAUCAGUAGUGAGUCAGAAUGCCCAUCAAUACUUGUGCAAACAUAUCCAUUCUCCCGGUAUGGAUCUGGACUGCCGGUUUGACACUGCUUUGUUUUAACGCCUUAGCCGUUGCAUCCCCAGCUCACGGUCACCGCCUGAUCUGCUGGCAGGCCAUUAUGAAAUGCCAAUCAGAACCAGAGUGCCAUUACGCUUACACGCAGUACAUGCGCGCGUGCGGACCCGUGAUUAACGGACACAAGAAGAAGUGCCCGAGCCACUGCAUCGCAUCCAUCGUGCAGCUCAAUCUGACCGACAACGGCCCAGGCCUUGAGCACUGCGAAUGCGCCACAGACACGGUGUGCGUAAACGCCAAGCGCCGCAUUGAGCCCUGCAUGCCGCGGAUCAGCCACACGGGCUGCACAGAAGCGCGUCGCGCGUGUGAAGGCGACGCGGCCUGCAGCGCUGCCAUGCGUGACUACCUGUUCCACUGCCGCGAGCUGUUCGGCGGAGAACGCUGCUCGGAUGACUGUCGGCGAGUUAUCGAGUACAUGCGCUCCGUGCCCAAGGCGCGUCUAUUGGACACGUGCGAGUGCGACGGCGCCGAGAGGACUAUCUGCGAGCACGUUAAGAUCAACAUGAGGAGCUUGUGCUCCGACGCGUCUGACCACCGGGACGCGGGCAGCGGGUUUUCGGACGACGACGACGAGCUCCAGAAUGAAAAUGACACGGAGGAUUACGGAGAAGAGGACGGCGCGGGUGGAGUGUCCAGGGCGCACGCAGGUUUGAUAAUGACCUCCACCAUUUUAGUUGUUACGCUUCUUCAGUGAGUGUAAAAUCACUACGAGGACUCACCGUGGGACAGAUCUGCAUUAUUUUAUUGCAGGGAUGCUCAUUUACUUCUAUUAUUAUAUCAAAGCUCUGAAUAUCAUCCCAUCCAGUACCCGGUACUGAUCUGAUACUGACUUUUGCACGGUAGGCCUAUCUGAAGCUUCUGUUGCAGACUUGUGCAAAGUGUCCUAGGAAUGAUGUGUCCUGUAUGCAACACGUGUCAUGUCAGACAGCAUCACAGGCAUUCACGGGGGUGGGGGUGUAUAUGUGUGUGUGUGUAUAUAUAUAAAAUGUGUGUGUGUGUGUGUGUGUAUAAAAAAAUGUGUGUGUAUGUAUGUGUAUGUGUAUGACAUGGGUGUUUUACUGGGAAAUACACUACUUGUAUUUUUCAUAUGAGCUAGAUCCGAAGUUAUACAAACCAAAUCCGUGACACAAAUCUCAAUAUGUAACUUGUGAGGAAAUUGAUGAAUUGUUUUGAUAAAUUUGGUUCCGUUUUGUUUGCAAAUGUGCCUAUAUAAUAAAAAAAAACAUCACACACUGG